ACCUUGAACAUCCAGAUUUUUUCUUUUUUCACAGCGAGCUCACUUUCCGCCGCUCGGUAAACUAGUGCGAGUGAAAUAUUUAUUCAGGUUUCAUAGGAAACUUUAUUUGCAUAUACAUUAUGAAGAUUCUGGUUGUAUAUUUGAUAGGUACUUUAUGUGUGCUAUCCACUUUAGGAGAGAGAACUCGAUGCUAUUCUCAAAGUGAUUGCAACGAUGGUGAAUGCUGCACUGGAGGAAUUUCGCCAUGGAUCAAAGGACAGUGUCAGGAUUACGCUGAAGAAGGGGAAGCUUGUGAUCCAGGCCAGCCGGACACUGGUAAAUAUUUUCUCUACUGCCCUUGCAGAGAUGGCUUGAAAUGUGAUAAUGCAGGAAAGACAAUGGGAAGCAUUAAAUGCGUUAAAAACUGAAGACAAGCAUCACUCUCCCUGUCGGAGUUGGAGUAUUUCUGAGCAUGAAAUCAUGUUUCUGAAGAAAAUUAAAAUAUAAAAAACAA